AUGUAUCCUGAAACUCCUCCUCUAGCUGAUCUGAACCUGAUGUCGUUGCGAAAUUCAAGGACUUUCAAGGACCUUGCUGUAUUUUGCGGCCCACGGCUUGUCGUUGGCAUAACACUAGGAAUCGUUGCAGAACGCAGACUGGCGGGAAAGCGGCGGACCUGGCAACCCGCCGACACCUGUCCGUCCGUUUGUCGCGACGUCAGGAGGAGAAACCUGCAGAAGGUGCGAGGUCUCAGCACGAGGUGGACGUUCAACUCUACAGGACCAGCUGCGCCCACAGACUCGUGGAAGGGUGAUGGGGGUGGAUUUGGAAGAGGCCGCGGCGGCGGAAGAGGAGGAGGAAGAGGAGGUUUCCAGAAGUCUUUCUCAUCAGACGGCGGCUCCUCCUGGAACAACAACGACGACGGAGACAGAAGUUCCAGCGGACGAGGAGGCCGAGGGCGCGGCCGAGGGUUUGGAGGGUUUGGAGGAACGGAUCAUAACGGAUUCAACGGAUCUAAAGAUGAGAACGGAGCCUCUGAAAACGGGUUUCGAGGAGGACGAGGCGGCAGAGGCGGGGACAGAGGAGGGUUCAGGAGAGGCGGCGAGUCGGGCGGGAGAGGCGGCUUCGGAGGAGGCUACCGGGGGGCGGACGAGGACGUGUUCUCCCGAGAGGACAGGAAGGAUAAAGAUCCAAAGGAGGAAGGAGGUGAAGGUGAAAAACCGAGGGUCACGUACAUCCCGCCCACCCUGCCCGAGGACGAGGACUCCAUCUUCUCCCACUCCCACUACAAGUCGGGGAUCAACUUCGACAAGUACGACAAGAUCCUGGUGGACGUGAGCGGCAUCAACCCGCCGCAGGCCAUCAUGACCUUCGAGGAGGCGUCCCUGUGCGAGUCCCUGAAGAACAACAUCAGCAAGUCUGGCUACACGAAGCCCACGCCGGUGCAGAAACACGGCAUCCCCAUCAUCUCCGGGGGCAGAGACCUGAUGGCCUGCGCCCAGACCGGCUCAGGGAAAACUGCGGCGUUCCUGCUGCCCAUCCUGCAGCAGCUGAUGGCCGACGGCGUGGCCGCCAGCCAGUUCACGGAGCUGCAGGAGCCGCUGGCCGUCAUCGUGGCCCCGACCAGAGAACUCAUCAACCAGAUCUACAUGGAGGCCCGCAAGUUCAGCCACGGGACGUGCGUGCGGCCGGUGGUCGUCUAUGGCGGCGUCAGCACCGGCUACCAGAUCCGGGAGAUCUGUAAAGGCUGCAGCGUGCUGUGUGGGACUCCGGGCCGGCUGCUGGACGUGAUCGGCCGGGGGAAGGUGGGCCUGAGCAAGCUGCGCUACCUGGUGAUGGACGAGGCCGACCGGAUGCUGGACAUGGGCUUCGAGCCCGACAUGCGUCGCCUGGUGGGCUCGCCGGGGAUGCCGACCAAGGAGAACCGGCAGACGCUGAUGUUCAGCGCCACCUACCCCGAGGACAUCCAGAGAUUGGCAGCUGAUUUCCUGAAGACGGACUACCUGUUCCUGGCCGUGGGGUUUGUGGGCGGAGCCUGCUCGGACGUGGAGCAGACCUUCGUGCAGGUCACCAAGUUCUCCAAGAGGGAGCAGCUGCUGGACGUGCUCCGGACCACCGGGAAGGAACGCACCAUGGUGUUCGUGGAGACCAAGAGGCAGGCCGACUUCAUCGCCACCUUCCUGUGCCAGGAGAAGCUUCCCACCACCAGCAUCCACGGCGACCGCGAGCAGCGGGAGCGCGAGCAGGCCCUGGCCGACUUCCGCUCGGGCAAGUGUCCGGUGCUGGUGGCGACCUCGGUGGCCUCGCGCGGGCUGGACAUCCAGGACGUGCAGCACGUGGUGAACUACGACCUCCCCAACAACAUUGACGACUACGUGCACCGCAUCGGGAGGACGGGGCGCUGCGGCAACACGGGCCGGGCCGUCUCCUUCUACGACCCCGACGCCGACAACCAGCUGGCCCGGUCCCUCGUCAAUAUCCUGUCCAAGGCUCAGCAGGAAGUUCCCACCUGGCUGGAGGAGUCUGCGUUCAGCGGCCCGGGCGCCCCCGCCGCCUUCAACCCCACCAGGAAGACGUUUGCCUCCACAGACUCCAGAAAGACUUCGGAGAUGGGCUCGUCCCAGCCGGCCGCCCAGGCCGACCCUGAUGACGACUGGGAGUAAUGGGAGUACCAGGAGUACCGGAGCGCACGGUUCUGACAAGUUCUUCAUCUUUGAAAGUGUACUGCUUCUUUAUGUUUGUUUUUCUAUGCAUGCAGUCUUUGUUUUGAAGUAAUCUUGAUUUGCAGAAAAAAAUUAUAGAGUGGUGUUCAAUAGAAUCGUAUAUAGAUUU